AUGCGCCUCGUUGGGCUAGUACACAAGUUUGAUCCAAUUCUUGUCUGUGUUAUAGUCCUUGGCUUGCUGCAACUCCUCCUCAGGGUUCAGUCCAAUCAGCAGUCUCACGGAUGGAGACUGUCGACAGUGUGGCAUCCUCUCUUGUGCUUGGCCAUCGCUGGGUUGUGCUGGCAUGCUGUCGUGACGAUAUGGGUCCCAGAACCAUACCUUGAUGAGGUCUUCCACAUUCCACAGGCACAAAAGUACUGCCAGGGAAGAUUUCUAGAAUGGGAUGACAAGAUCACCACUCCUCCUGGCCUAUACAUACUCAGCUAUGUCCUCCUACGCAUGGGCUUCAUCUUCAAGAAUUGUUCCGCUGAGGCCCUGCGACUCACCAACUGGCUCGCAAUCAUCUUCACGCCGUUCGUCGCGCUUCAGUGCCGCCGCCUGAUCGAGGCUCGUCUGGCUGAGCGCGCCUCAGAUGGUCGGAAGUCCCGCCCGUUUGAGCUCAGUGCCUAUGCCCUUCACACGGGGCUCAACAUCGCGCUCUUCCCACUCCUGUUCUUCUUCUCAGGCCUAUACUACACGGAUGUCUUCUCGACCUUUGUUGUGCUACUUGCGUACCAGAACCACCUGGCGCGGGUGAGCACUGGGCCCAUCUCGCCGUGGAGCGAUGCUCUUGUGGUUCUGCUGGGCGUUGGGGCACUGUUCAUGAGGCAGACUAAUGUCUUUUGGGUUGUUGUCUUCAUGGGUGGCCUCGAGGCUGUCCACAAAGUCAAGCUGCUGCGCCCGCCACCCACAAGCUUUGGGCAUUCUGAUCGUGAGACCAGGCUCAAAUUCUUCCUUUGGAGAUACUCUCAGGGCGAGGUACACGACCCCCCACUGAAUGAAGCUGGAUUGGAAGAUGUGUUCCUCUGUGGGUUGAGCAUUGGCAUUGCAGUCUGUUGUAAUGUCUUUCGGGUUCUCAGGCAGAUCUGGGCCCAUAUUGUAGUGAUGGCUCUAUUUGUGGGCUUUGUGGCAUGGAAUGGCAGUGUUGUACUUGGUGACAAAACCAAUCACGUCGCAACCAUCCAUCUGGCUCAAAUGCUCUAUAUAUGGCCUCUGUUCGCCUUCUUCUCAGCACCGCUCCUCUUUCCACGGAUCCUGCAGCCAGUCCUCAGCUUCUUUGAGGAGUCACCAUCCACUGUCCACGACACAUCCAAACAGCCUACCUCCACCUCUGUCAUCACCCUCCUGAAUCUUGUAGGCUAUGCCUCCCUGGCACCUCUAUUCCUGGCCAUCGUUCAAUACAACACCGUCAUUCACCCCUUUACCCUGGCAGACAACAGGCACUACAUGUUCUACAUCUUCAGAUACAGCAUCCUCCGUGCGGGCUGGGUGCGCUAUGCUUUGGUGCCAGCAUACAUCUCCUGUGUCCUCCUCUGCUGGAAGGUCCUGGGCGGGCUGAUCCCCAGCAAGGACAGCGAUAACAACACCAACUCCCCAUCAUCAUCCGUUGUCCAUUCAGCCACCGACCCCGACGCCCACGAUGACCUCUCGAGCCCCACAGCCACCUCCUAUCUGGGCCCAUCCCUUUCGACGGCCCUCAUCUGGCUCCUCACCACUGCCCUCUCCCUCAUCACCGCCCCGCUCGUCGAACCGCGGUACUUCAUCCUCCCCUGGGUCUUCUGGCGCCUCCUCGUGCCGUCCUGGUCUGUGCCCCGCGGCCUGCAGAAGGGCUGGCCCCUCCGGUUCGGCGGGCGGUAUGACGUGCGGCUGUGGGCCGAGACGGCGUGGUUCGUGCUGGUCAACAUGGUGACCAUGUACAUAUUCAUCACGAGGCCUUUCUUUUGGCGGAAUGAGGACGGUUCGUUGGCGGAUGGUGGACGGGUGCAGAGAUUCAUGUGGUGA